AUGAAAUACAUCGCAUUCACCCUGAUCUUGAUCCUCGCAGGACUCUACUUUGGACAAACUGCCAUUAAGUCUUUCUUCCCACAGGAAUCUACCAUGGAGACUAUUGCUCCUCUUGGUAAUGCCACCCAUCACAUGUGCAACCAUACCUGUAAUCAGCUCUACGCUCCUCAUAUUAUCGACAACUACUGUAGAAGUGGUGCUUACUGCAACUCUACUUUCGCUUCCUGCUGCACAUUGCACAAUCACAAAUGCGCAGGAAGAAUGAUUCCAAUGAGAGAGUUCAAUUUCCCUAGCACUUGCCCUAACGGAACCAUUAACGGAACCUACAAUGCUACCAUCCCAGAGUACUACUUACUCGAUAACUAGUUUUGUUGCUAAAAACUUUGACUACUACAAAUCUUGUCUUCUUGGAUGCCUCUUCAGAAUCUUAGCACAAAUUAAGCUUCAAUCUGAUGUGUACGAUUUCCGUAGGAUUCCUGAUGAAUCAAGUUCUUGCCUUAGUGCUAUUAAAACUGAAUCUUGGUCGACCUCGGGUGAUUUGCCUGGCAAUAUAUAACUCAUGAUGUUCAUGAGCUAAAGAUUUUAUCCUGGCCUAUCUUUUAAUACUAAUGGGAGAUUAAGGAAAUCGACAUAAACUGAAAUUUUUGAAUUAGGAUUGUUAGGAAUUAGAGCUAGAUUGGGUCAGGGGCUUAGUAAUGAUUAAUUUUAGCAUUUUAUUAGUUUAUAGAGUGUAAUUCUGUGUCAAAGGAGUAUAACCUCUCUUUGAUUUCUUUAUGUGAAAUGGUUCUUCAGCUCUAAGAGAUUGGUUGAACUUCAUAGUUAACUCAACAAUCUAAUUUUACAUUGGUCGAUUAAUUAUAAUGGUUAGGAUGAAUUAUAGCUAGUUGGUAGGAAACAGAUUAACUUGGUCGACUACGAGAAAUAUCUUCAAGAGUUUAGUCAAAUGCAAGCAAAUAGAAAGCUUGAUCCAAGACAAAGGAAUUUCUGGGAUCGACAUGCUUAGCAAAACUUGAAAUCCGCCUUGAGGUCAUUUAUAUGCUUUAAAAAUAGUUGAAAUUACUCCAACUCAUCUUGGAGAAUGUCUAUUCUUUCCUUUUCAAUCUC